AUGGCGCUGCGCUGCCUCCUGCUGCUGCUCUGCGGAGCCGCGCUGGGACCUGCCGUCCACCUCGACUUAGCCGAGCACCGCAGCCAGGCCGCCAAGAUCAAGGUCAACCCCCGCGGCAACCUCUGGGCCACAGGUCACUUCAUGGGGAAGAAGAGCGUCACGGGCUCCCCACACCUGGAGACUCCGGAGGAGCCUGCAAUGCCAAUGGUCUUCAGUCCCUCUCUGCGAGCCUUGAUGGAGGACAUUAUGGAGCUGCUGACCCGGGAGCUCCUGAAAAUCCUCUUGCAAGAAAGGCUAUUGGAUGAGAACCAAGGGAAAUAUGACCUCACUGACCAGGUCAGUCCUGCCUGUGCUGUCCCACUGAGCCAGACGUCUGAGGAGCUGUCCAGUAACAGUGCAUGCAGGUAA